AUGGAUGGAGAGGUCUUUGGCAUGGAGACAGUUGGUAACCUCGGAGCAUAUCUUUCCAGAAAUCGCUUUACAGAAAUUCCUUCAGAUGUGUGGUUAUUUGCACCACUUGAAACAUUAAACCUGUAUCAUAAUUGUAUCAAAACCAUUCCUGAAGCCAUUAAGAAUUUGCAAAUGUUAACAUACCUUAACAUUAGUCGAAAUCUUUUAUCAACGUUGCCAAAAUACCUAUUUGACCUUCCCCUUAAAGUUUUGGUUGUCAGCAAUAAUAAACUGGUAUCUAUUCCAGAAGAAAUUGGAAAAUUAAAAGAUUUGAUGGAGCUGGACAUCAGCUGCAAUGAAAUUCAGGUCCUUCCCCAACAAAUGGGAAAGUUACAUUCACUUAAAGAGCUAAAUAUAAGAAGAAAUAAUCUUCAUGUUUUGCCAGAUGAACUAGGAGAUCUCCCCUUAGUCAAAUUGGAUUUCUCCUGUAAUAAAGUGACCAAAAUUUCUUUUUGCUAUAGGAAGCUGCAUCAUUUACAAGUAAUAAUUUUGGAUAACAACCCGUUGCAAGUACCGCCAGCACAGAUAUGCUUAAAGGGUAAAGUACACAUAUUUAAGUACUUAAAUAUACAAGCAUGUUGUAGAAUGGAUAAGAAACCAGAUUCCCUGGAUCUUCCAUCACUGAGUAAAAGAAUGCCUUCCCAGCCUCUCACAGACAGUAUGGAAGAUUUUUAUCCAAAUAAAAAUCAUGGACCUGACUCUGGAAUUGGAAGUGAUAAUGGAGAGAAGCGAUUGUCUACAACGGAACCAUCAGAUGAUGACACAAUCAGCCUUCACUCUCAAGUCUCAGAAUCCAAUAGAGAGCAAACAUCAAGAAAUGACAGUCAUGUAAUAGGAAGCAAGCCUGAUUCUCAGAAAGACCCAGAAGUGUAUGAUUUUAUUGAUCCCAACACAGAAGACGUAGCAGUUCCAGAACAAGGAGAUACACAUAUUGGAUCAUUUGUCUCUUUCCUUAAGGGGAAAGAAAAGUGCUCUGAAAAAUCUCAGAAAAAUGAAGAAGUGGGAAAUGAAAAAAAACUUGACAAAGUACAGUUACUUCCGGAAGAAGAUGAUGAUGAUUUGAAAGAAGUAACUGAUUUGAGGAAGAUAGCUGCUCAGUUAUUGAAGCAAGAACAGAAGAACAGGAUUCUUAAUCAUUCAACUUCUGUCAUGAGAAAUAAGCUGAAACAAACUGUGGAAUAUGAAAAGAGUGUUUCAGCAGAUGAAGGGAAUUCACCAUUAUCACCCCUUGCAUGGCAGCCAUUAGAAAAUCAGAAGGAUCAAAUAGAACAACAGUGGCCAGAAUCUCAGCCUAUAAUCUGGCAAAAUGAAGAAAGGAGACGGAGCAAGCAGAUCAGAAAAGAAUAUUUCAAGUAUAAAUCAACAAGGAAGAAUUCAAGUGGCAACGAAAAUGAGGAGCAAGAGAGUGAUAAUGCUCAUAUGUCACCACAGUCUCCAGUAUCAUCCGAGGAAUAUGACAGGACUGAUGGCUUUUCACAUGGUCCCUUUGGCUUGAAGCCUAGAUCAGCUUUUAGUCGUGCAUCUCGGCAAGAGUAUGGGGCAGCAGAUCCAGGAUUUACAAUGAGAAGAAAGAUGGAGCAUUUACGGGAAGAGCGCGAACAGAUUCGGCAGCUUCGCAAUAAUCUUGAAUCCAGAUUAAAAGUAAUUCUGCCUGAUGACAUAGGAGCCGCACUGAUGGACGGCGUUGUUCUUUGCCAUUUGGCCAAUCACAUAAGGCCACGCUCUGUAGCUAGUAUUCAUGUACCUUCACCGGCAGUGCCCAAGCUGAGCAUGGCAAAAUGUCGAAGAAAUGUAGAAAAUUUUCUUGACGCUUGCAAAAAGUUGGGUGUCUCCCAGGAGAGACUCUGCUUGCCUCACCACAUUUUGGAAGAACGAGGUCUUGUGAAAGUUGGAGUUACAGUUCAGGCACUCCUGGAAUUGCCUACCACCAAGGCAUCUCAGCUUUCUAUGGCUUGA